AUGGUGAAAAUAGCGGGCCCUGACUUGAAGCGAUACAUGGACAAACGACUGAGUCUUAAGCUGAAUGGCAACCGUAAAGUGUCAGGUGUAUUGCGUGGAUUUGACCAGUUUAUGAAUGUGACGCUGGAUGAAACGGUUGAGGAGGUGUCUGCCACCGAAUCGAAUCGCAUUGGCAUGGUGGUGAUUCGUGGCAAUAGCAUUGUUCAGUUUGAGUGCUUAGAGCGACUUUAA